GGGGCCAAGGGUUAGCAAUGCUGUUUUAUACCCUGAAUGUCCCAAUUCGGUUUAAGAUGUGUUAGGAUAAAAUCAUGAUCUAUCAUACUGUAAAGUAUUGAAAUUUAAUUCUUUCUCUACCCUUCCAGCUGCUUGGCAUGUUCGAAGACAACUUCCCCGAGAGCCUUAAACAUUUAUUUGUCAUUAAAGCUCCGAAACUGUUUCCCGUAGCUUACAACCUGGUGAAGCACAUUCUGAGUGAAGAUACCCGGAAGAAGUUAAUUGUCCUGGGAGCAAAUUGGAAGGAAGACUUACAGAAAUAUAUUGAUCCCUCAGAGAUCCCCAUGAUAUAUGGGGGGACCCUCACGGAUCCUGAUGGAAACCCGAAAUGUGAAUCCAAGAUAUGCCUCGGCGGCGACGUCCCCAAAAAAUACUACGUGCGAGAUCAGCUGAAGCAACAGUACGAGCAUUCGAUUAUGGUGAACCGGGGUUCUUCCCAGCAGCUGGAGUACGAGAUCCUUUUUCCGAACUGCGUCUUGAGGUGGCAGUUCAUGUCUGACGGGGCCGAUAUAGGCUUUGGCGUCUACCUGAAGACCAAGGUGGGGUCCCGCCAGCACGCCGGGGAGAUGACUGAGGUGUACCCCAACCAACGCUACAACGCACACCUGGUCCCUGAAGACGGUAGCCUCACCUGCCCAGACGCCGGAAUCUAUGUCCUCCGCUUCGACAAUACUUACAGCUACCUCCACGCCAAGAAAAUCAGUUACACGGUGGAGGUUUUACUCCCGGAUAAGAAAUCGGAAGAGAAGUUCCAGGAGUUGGACGGAGAGACCCAGAAAAUGGAGAACAACCACGCGUGAUGAAGAUGGCAUCUUCGGCGGGCCUCACCCCUGUUCUCCCAGCCACCUGGGGGUGGGGGGUGGGGGGGUGGGAGAGGUGGGCAUCCUCCAAAAGUCUUCUUUGGGGGCGGAAGGUCGGACGGUCAGGGAGCUUCAGGACUUCCAACGACGUUGGCAGCGGACGGAGAAUCGGUCCCUUGGACCCCAGAGUUUUAUAGAAAGGGGUCCCCGUGGCCCCCAGCGCCAAUCGGUUCAGAACAUAGACAGUGGUGGGAUUCAACCGGUGUUAACAACCGGUUCGCUGAGCGCGCACUUCACUCGCACACUGUUUGAAAACAGCUCUAAAACGUACCUUCUACUUCAGCCCCUCUGGUGAAGUAGAAUUCAGUAGAAUGGUGCAGCCAGCUCCAGAAUUGUCUCAUGGAAAGGUGGUAUUCAGCCGGUUCGGACUGGUUCGGACUGUAUUCAGCCGGUUCGGACUAGUUCUGGUGAAUCUGUAGCGGAAAUUUUGAGUAGUUUGGAGAACCGGUAAAUGCCACCUCUGGCUGGCCCCAGCCUCGCCCCUUCCAGGAGUCCCCAAAUGCACCCCAUUUUGGCUCCCAGGUAACUGCAGGGAAGCAAAACGGGGCAUGGGGGUGUAUGCGGUGCGCCCCCCCCGCAGUCCGUUUUUGCUCCCAGGGGGCUGCAGGGGGGCCUAGCCUGUAAGGCUGGGGCACCCAAUUGAUCUAUUCGCUGCCUCCCAGCCUCCCAAGUGAUUGGCAGGGUCUUGUUUUGUUGCCCUGCACAGGAGAACGGAGCUGGAAAGCAGGUUAACGGGGUGGGGAGGGAAUGGGGAUUUUGCAGUAUCCUUCCCCUAGGAGUGGGGAUUUUGCAGUAUCCUUCCCCAAGAGUAGGGUGGGAAUGGGGAUUUUGUAGUAUCCUCCCCCCCCAGAAGUGGGGAGGGAAUGGGGAUUUUGCAGUAUCCUUCCCCCCCAGAAGUGGGGAGGGAAUGGGGAUUUUGCAGUAUCCUUCCCCCCAGAAGUAGGGAGGGAAUGGGGAUUUUGCAGUAUCCUUCCCCCCAGAAGUGGGGAGGGAAUGGGGAUUUUGCAGUAUCCUUCCCCCCAGAAGUGGGGUGGGAAUGGGGAUUUUGCAGUAUCCUUCCCCCCCCAGAAGUGAGGAGGGAAUGGGGAUUUUGCAGUAUCCGUCCCCCAGGAGUGGGGAGGGAAUGGAGAUUUUGCAGUAUCCUUCCCCUGCCACGCCCACCAAGCCACGCCCGCAGAACCGGUAGUUAAAAAAAUUUGAAUCUCACCACUGGUCUCAUGCAAUUUGAAUUAAAAAGAGUAACCUCCUGACAGUGGUGGGAUCCUACCGGUUUAACAACGUUCGCUGAGUUUGCAGAAAACCGAACUCCCGCGUUGCUGAGAGCAAGGAAACCAGCUGAGGAGCGGCAUUCCACUCUGCCGCCCCAUCAGCUGCGCUCCGGAAGCAGAAAUAUAGGUAAGUAUAACGUAGGGGCGAGCCAGCGAGGCCACUUCAACGAAAGAGAGAACCAGUACGCUCACGUACUGCAAAUCGGAGCAAACGGUUCUCCCGAACCGGUCCGAACCGGUAGAAUCCCACCACUGCCUCCUGACCACCUUUGGAAAAAGGGCGGUGCUUGCACAAAUUUCUCCAGGCUUAAUUUUGUGCAGGAUGGAGCCUCCCCUUUUCCCCAAAAUAAUGCCAUUCUUACAGAGCAGGAAUUAAAAGAAAAGAAAGAUUAAAAAACCCAGGAACAUUUUUUUUUAAAAAAACCCAACCUGAAUAUAUUUGGGACUGCAUGUGAACUGUAUACGGUGUAUCUGGAUGUAUGUCUGGUCUGUAGGACAAAUACAAGCCUUUUAUACUUCAAUAUCUCUGCCCAAAUUCACAACUGUACAGGAAAAGAUAAUUUAAUUUAAAAAGAAAAAAAAUCAACGGAACUAAUAAACGGCGGGCGAAUUGAUCUCAGUCUGUCUUGCGCUGCAGAGGAUUUUGAAACGGCUUGUCCUCUCUAAUUUUUUGUUCCUUUGUUUGCACCAUCGUCUCACAUUUUUGUGCACAAGUCACUUGCUUUGAUUUAUUAGUCAUUAUUAUUUAAUUAUAAUAAGUUAUAGUUAUAAUGGUAUUUGUUAAUUAUGGUAAUGGAUUCUCCAGUGAAUUAAAAACUAAUUUAAUUAAUCCGUGGAAUGGCUUGCCUCGGAGCAUUUUAAGAAGAGACUGGAGAGCCAUUUGUCCAGAAUUGUAUAGGAUCUCUUACUUAAGCAGGGGGUCGGACUAGAAGACCUUCAUGGUCCCUUUUCCUUUCCUUUCCUUUCCUUUCCUUCCCUUCCCUUCCCUUCCCUUUCUUUUCCCUUCCUCUUCAUUCCCUCCCCUUCCCUUCCCUUCCCUUCCCUUUCUUUCUUCUCCUCUCCUCUCCUCUCCUCUCCUUUCCUUUAUCCUUUCCUUUUUCCUCUCCUCCUCUCUUCCCCUUUUUCCUCCUUUCCUUCUCUUUUCCUCCUUUCCUUUCCUUCCCUUUUCCUCCUUUCUUUUCCUUCCCUUCCUUCCCUUCCCUUCCCUUCCCUUCCCUUCCCUUCCUUUCCUUUCCUUUCCUUUCCUUUCCUUUCCUUUCCUUUCCUUUCCUUUCCUUUCCUUUCCUUUCCUUUUCUUUCCCUUCCCUUCCUCUUCAUUCCCUUCCCUUCCCUUCCCUCCCUUCCCCUCCCUUCUCUCCCUUCCCCUUCCCCUUCCCCUUUCCUUUCUUUUCCUUUCUCAUUUAUCUCCUUCUCUUUCUCUUCCCUCCCCUCUCCUUUCCUUUCCUCUUCCUUCCUUCUCCUUCCUUCCUUCCUUCCUUCCUUCCUUCCUUCCUUCCUUCCUUCCUUCCUUCCUUCCUUCCUUCCUUUCCUUCUUCUGCCUCCCUCCCUCCCUGCAUCUUUCCUGCUCCGAGCCUUAAACCCAAGUUUUUUCCUACCGUGUCUUCAUUGCAAGCAGCGGCUAUAACAACGUUGCCGGACAUGGGCUGCAGAUGCCCUGAACAUCACAAGGGGGCAGCAAAGAGGUCCUGAAAACAUCUAGCGAUCCUUUGAAUUCUACAGUCCUGAAAGAAAACAACAAAAGGGAACUUGGCUGGUUGCUAAUGCAGGGAGCUGGAAAAAAACACAAAAAGGGACAGAACUAUGGAGAGCAGGACACUUUUCAUUUACUGUAUUUUAUUUAUUUAAAUGUAUUAGCCUUCAACUCCAGCAGACUCCGCAGCCUACAAAACUAGAAAAAAAAAAGGAGCUAAAAGCAUUGUCAGACCAUUUGCAGCAUGACUACUAUUAGGAGACAACUCAGGAGCAAAACACAGCGCACAGAGAUUUAAGACAUUGAACAGUGGUUUAUAUACAAGACAUAUACAGAAAUAUUCAUGGUUGACAAAUACCUGACAAGCAAUCCAUCGUCUUCUUAACUCUACCCGGAGAACUCAGCAAUGAAUACCGGACACAAGGAGAGAGAAUACGCCCUCUCCUGGCUGAAAUGUAUAAACACCUCUUAAAGGGGUAAAAGGCUUGUGUGGACCCCGUCAGAGUCUUAGAAGAGGCUACACCAAUGCUGAUUCAUUCUCAUUGCAUCAGCCUUACAUUUCAUCAGGUUUACAGUUGCAUUAGCCUUACAUUGGCUGCUCAGCUUUAAAUCAUCAUUACCCUGACAAGCAUCAAAUCCGACAGCCCAGACGAAUGUGAUUUCCCCUGUCAUGCGAAGCCCCUCUUUUCCGAAGCUUGUUAAAUAAACUGAAACUGGUCGGAUUCACAUAGGGUACAAAAGUGUAAACUCCCGUUUACAAACCCCGAAGUUCCAUUCACGGGACACGCAAAGCCAGAAUCAAAUGCCGUGGCCCAUCUCAUUUUAUGAGCCCAUAGGUCGAGUCUAAUCGUGGCUUUCCCAUUUUUUAAAAUGGGAAAUGUUAAUGGGAAAUUAAAAUGUUUUAAUCAAAGAGAAAA